UUGGAAUUCUUUUGGAAACUCAAAUCUCUCUCUCUCUCUCUCUCUCUCUCUCCAUAUGUGUGUGUGUGUGUGUUUGUAUAUAUUAUAGCUAUCUCAACAAGUCAACAUGUCAAGUGGUGAGAUAUUUCUUGAGCUUUCAUUAAUUGGAAAUUUCUUGGAAACUCAUCUCUCUCUCUUUCUACAGACAUAGUUUGUUUCAUUGAGGUGCUGGAACUGCAUACAUUCUCUCACAACAAAUCAACAUACCAAUGGCAUCUUCAUCAUCAUCUCCGGCCUUUUCUUCUCAAUCAUGGAAUCAUGAUGUUUUCCUAAGUUUUAGAGGAGAAGAUACUCGCAAGACGUUUGUGGAUCAUCUCUACACAACUCUUGUACAAAAAGGGAUAUACACUUACAAAGAUGACGAGACACUUCCUCGGGGCGAAUUGAUCAAUCCAUCUCUUAUGAAGGCUAUAGAAGAGUCACAGAUUGGCAUCAUCAUAUUCUCUGAAAACUAUGCAGAUUCUUCAUGGUGCUUAGAUGAACUUGCACAUAUCAAGAAAUGCAAAGAUACGAGAGGCCAAAUAGUUAUACCCAUAUUUUAUGGCGUUGAUCCAUCUGAAGUUCGAAAACAGAAACUAAAAUAUGGAGAAGCAUUUGUUAAGCAUGAGUUGGAGAACAAAACCAAGGUUGAAUCAUGGAGAAAAGCACUUGUGGAUGCAAGUAACAUUUCUGGAUGGGAACCAAAGCACAUUGCCAACGGGCAUGAAUCAAAGGUUAUCAUAGAAAUUGUUGAAAAAUUUUCACAGAGGUUGCAGCUAGUAAGUCCAAGCGCAAAUGCCAACCUUAUUGGAAUAGCAUCUCGUGUGCAAAGUUUGAAAUUGAAGUUACAAAUCGGUUCAGGUGGUGUGCGGAUGAUUGGAAUAUGGGGGGUUGGAGGUGGUGGUAAGACUACUCUUGCAUCUUCUGUUUAUGAGGAAAUAUCUAGAAAGUUUGAUGGUUGUUGCUUUCUAGAAAAUAUCCGGGAGGAAUCAAGUAAGAAAGGGUUAGAAGAAUUGCAACAAAAAAUUCUUUAUGGUGUUUUGAGAGAGAAGAUAGUGCAGGUAGAGAGAGUUGAGGAAGGAAAACACAUGAUAAAACAUAGGUUAUGCUGUAGAAAGGUGCUGAUUGUUCUUGAUGAUGUUGAUCAGCUUGACCAAUUAAAAGCUUUAGCUGGAUCACAUGAUUGGUUCGGUGAAGGAAGCCGAAUAAUAAUCACAACAAGAGAUGUACAUGUAAUAUCAACUACUGCGCCCAGAGUAGAUGAGAUACACAAUAUUAGCUUGUUAAACGAUGAUGAGGCUAUGGAGCUCUUUUGCAAGCAUGCACCAUGUGGUCACAAACAUAAAAAAGAUUAUGAGCUGCUUUCAAAAAGUGUGGUUUCUUAUGCUGGUGGACUCCCAUUAGCACUUACAGUUCUUGGUUGUUUUCUAUGUGGAAAAGACAUUAAUGAGUGGAGGAGUGCAAUAGCCAGAUUGAAAGAGAUCCCAGAUACAAAUAUUGUGGAAAAGCUACAGAUCAGCUUUGAUGGACUUACACCGGUUGAGAAAGAGUUGUUUCUUGAUAUUGCAUGCUUCUUCAGAGGUCGGUAUAAAAAUGAAGGGAUAAUGGCAAUGCUUGAUGCUUGUGGUUUUUACCCUGUUAUAGGCAUAAAGGUGUUGUUAGAAAAGGCGCUCAUAACAAUUUCAGAUGGAAGGUUUGAUAUGCAUGAUCUGUUGCAAGAAAUGGGACGCUACAUUGUUAGAGGGGAACACCCUGAGAAUCCAGAAAAACAUAGUAGAGUUUGGAAGAAGGAAGAUGUUCUAAAAAUUUGUGCUAUGGAUGCGACGAAGGAACUUGACAUGGUUAAAGCAGUAAGAUUUGAAUGCAAUAGCUAUGAUCUAGUAGAACUUCCUUCGGUUGCAAACCUGAAAAACCUCCGGUGGAUUGAUUGGAGAGGUGAUCUUGCAAGUCCAUUUCCUACUAACUUUCCACCAAAGAACCUUUGUUGUCUGAUAUUGGAUGACAUCUCGCAGAAACGACUUUGGAGGGGUUAUAAGCAUCUUCCAAAUCUGAAGAUCUUGGAACUUGUUAGAUUGAAUAAACUAAUCAUGACACCAGAUUUUGAUAGAAUUCCAAAUCUUGAAAGACUCAUUCUUCGUGGAUGCCAGCGUUUAAAAAAGAUUCAUCCAUCGAUUGGAAACUUGGAAAGGCUCAUUUUCCUAUGUAUAGAGUUUUGUUCUGGUCUUAAGAUAUUUCCACCAAUUAAGCGACUAAGGAAACUCGAGACCCUUUCAUUAUCAGAUUGCCCCAAACUUUUUAAGCUCUUGGGGAUCCAACAGAAAAUGAACGGUCUACUGCAUCUUCAUUCGAAUAUUAGUGGGAAAGAAGUUGCAUCCUACAAAAAGUAUUCUUCAAACUUUGUCGUUACUUGUUGGACGUGUGGUGACACAAAAAUUAGAAACCCAGUAGAGGACCUGAUUGAUGUAGAAGAAUGUUGUUUAGAGGAGCCUUGUUUACCUCGCAACAACAAUACAGUGUUACGGUUUUUUCCCAGAGGGUUAAGAAAGUUAAAUCUCCGGUACUGCAAUCUGGGAGAUAAAGACAUUGAGUCUGCUGUUUGGGAGUUUCCCAACUUGGAAGAACUCAAUCUAAAAGGAAAUCAUUUUUCACGACUAAGUUUUAGUCGAUGGCGACUUCCUCAGCUCAAAUGGCUGGACGUGUCAUGGUGCCAAUUACUUGUAGAAUUGUGGGAUCUGCCAUCAAGUAUAGCUGUUGUUAUAGCGGAUUAUUGUUUCUCACUUGAAAGCUUCGGAGAUAUUUCAAACUGUAAGUGGUUGUGGAAAGUCUCAUUGUGUGGGGGCAACAAACUUGGUCCACUUGUUGGUGACAUAUUACUAGACUCCAUGCUCCAGGUUUACUUUACCUUUACGUUUGGAAUUUCACUCUUUAUAUAA